AUGUCAGCAGAAGAACCGCACCACGUGCCAACGACCAUCAAGGAUCCUCGUCUGGAUUACCUGGGUGGCCUCGCACAAAUCAUUCUCCGCGUGUCGGAGGAGAAAUGGCUGAAGCUUUUGCAAUCCGAAGACAACCGGACACUGCUCACCACGAAUUUCCUGGACAAUCCGGAGGCGGAAGCAAUAUUCGUCACUGAGUUGACCGGCGGUUCCUUGGCACUGUACACAUCGUCGGCGAACCUACCAUUCCUCCCUGCCAAACACCAGAAGGCUGUCUUCUUCGUGAAGACACCCGGAGUCGCCGCUACAGCUGAAAAUAUCAGAGAUGUCAUCACAUGUGGGGACUUAUCUUCUUCAACUGUUGAGCAGUUGCAAGCAUUCAUAGAUUACGCUGUUAUUCCUACUUUGUGCAAUCCAUCAUGCCACGAGGGAUGGUCGCGAGAACUAGCCAGUGAUCUGCUAUCAAAAGUUCGAGCCUUCCGAAGUGUCGUUGCCAGAGGCGUGGCACAAAGUAAAGGGCAUGUGAUCAUAUCGGUGCCACCGAUUCAACCCUUUGAAUCCUCAGCAUUUGCACACGGAAACAACACCGGCUCACUAGAAGAUGCGAAAGAGUCAUGGUUGCGGGAAACGGUGUCUAUUUUGGAAAGCAGUGUUCGACAUUGGUCUGAGCAGAUCCAAGAGAGUCAACAGUUUUUGGAUGGUGCAACAAUGUUUCGUGGUGAACUUGAUGAUUCAGAGCAGAGACUAGAUUUGGUGCUAGAUGUUAUGGAUUAUCUUCGCCGGUUACGCAUCGAGAAUGGGACUGUAAUUUUGCUUGAGAAAGAAGAUCGUCUCGAGCAGUUCGUUCAACGCUUACGAUACAUCAAAGAGUUUGAUAAAGACAUGGAACACUUUCGUAAGAAGAUCGAAGAUCUGGACAAUCGUUUGGGUUCAAUCAUAAAAGGCUGUGUACUCAGUUGUACAAGUGUUGAAGCUAUGUCAAAGGUAUUGCAAGUUUGCGAAUUCCUGUUGCUGCGUCCAGCUAUUCGAUCUGUUGCUCUAGGAACUUGCGAGAAGCAUGUCAUGGAUAAAGCCCGAACCGAAAUGGACCACUUGUUGUCGGUUUUUCACAGUGAAUGCAGCUAUGACUUGGCUACCCAUUUGCCCGUGUACCACUCCUUGCCUGUAACAUCAAGAAUUAUACAGUGGGUUACAGACAUUAACCAGUUACUGAACAACACACUCCGCUCUGUGGAUAAUGUCAGCCACAUGUUUAUUGGAACUAAAGCCAUUCAAGCAUUGGAGCGGAAGCACAAAAAACUGUCUGCCCAGUUUUCAAAGCUUUCUGAUGAGGUUUAUAAGAAAUGGGCUGCUGAAAUUCCUCAACUGCUGAAAGAAAAGCUCCAUCAGCCUCUUAUAAUCAGAUCUGAUGACAAAUGCAAAAUUUUUAUGAACUUUGACUCCAAGUUGGAUAUAAUGAUCCGUGAAGUGAAACACCUCAUGCGACUGAAAGGAGAUGCCCACUUGCCGUCGGAAGCUGUCGCUUUCUACGAGAAACGGGAAGAGCUUGGUGAUCAAAAAAUUAAACUACGUGACAUCGUCAACGGCUACAACGACCUAAGACACGAUCUUCUUCCCGUUGAAAUACCUCUCAUAAGUCCUACCCUGAAGAGCAUGGACGUCUUGCUGGAGCCCGGAGAAACUACAGUGAUAUGGAGUGAAACAGAUUCUUCUGAAGCUUGGAGUAGCUACGUAAGUUUUGUGGAUGAGUUGGUUAAAGAAGGCCUCGUUUCUUUGAUCCGCCGAAAUUUACGCUUCUUCUUGCAAUCAACGAUGCCUAAUGCGAAACAAGUCUUCAUGAUCCGGGUCCACGUGGACAGGAAACAAGGGCUCAGGUUCAAUCCCAACGUCGAGAAGGACGCAGAGGAUUCCUUCCAGAAACUGCUGGACUUCAUGAUGUCUCGCCUGUUUAGCUUGGGAAGCCUAGUACAGAGGGUGGACAUUCGUCACUCUUGCGAUAACUAUCAAGCUGAUAUGGACGGCUUACAAGAACUACGAGUAAUGCAAGAAGAAUUUAAAACAAGACUAGAAAGUUCACUUCGAGAUACUGAAGAGAUUUUAUUGGAUCUACAACCGUAUUCUUACUUAUGGAAGGACGAAGCGGAUAGUCUUGUUAAGAAUGUGAUGACUCUCCCUGAAAAUACCUUGGAAAAUCUACCGCAGAUAACUGAACAGGUACGAAACUGCAGCAACUUAGAAAACCAAAUCAAGGAAGGCAUCUCAUCCCACCGCCUGAUACGCAACUGGCUUCACGUAGACCAGUCCAAAUUUAUAGAAAGUCUUUUUGUGUUCGUGGAUGAGUGGCGGAAGCGAUUCAAGCAACUGAUCAUCGAGGCCGUGACCAACACUCUCCAGGACUUGGACACCUUCUGCACCGAGACUGAGACUGAGCUUAGCGAGACGACAAGCAUUGUUUCAAGCUCCGAGCAACUCGACUCCAGCUCCCUGCUGAGGAUUAUUACAUUGAUUCAAGCCGUCCAAGACCGGAAGGUGACAACAGAUGCUAUCUUCAAGCCUUUGGGCACGGCCGUGAAGUUCUUGAGAACCGAAUGCAACGAGAGGCUGGAUGACCACGUACAGGAGCUAUUAAUGGUUCUUCCAGAACGUUGGGAGCAUACAAAAAAGCUUUCUGAGACAUGGCGAAUGCAGAUAUCGACCCCCAUGGCUAAAGAGGGUUCAUCCGUGAGGCAACAGGUGGCGGCUUUCAGCAGCAAGCAGAUCCACUUCAGAGAGCAGUUCAGGUUGUCGCCAGCGUUCCAGCGCGACUGUCCUGCUCCUGCUAUCGAUAUGCUGAGAAAACUCGAGAAAGACAUCAAACUGCUCAACGACGAAGUCCAGGCGCUCAGGAAAUCCGGAAAACUGUUCGAGGUUCAUGUUCCUGAGUUCAGUCAGUUGAAGCAAUGUGAGAGUGAAAUACUUCUGUUACAUGAACUGUGGAGUUAUAUCGAAAAAGUGAAAAUUCAACUAGGCAAGUGGGACGCUUCUCCAUGGACUAAAGUAGACUUAGAUGCUCUUGAAAUGCAGUGCAAAGCUUACAUGAGGGACAUCAAAUCCAUGGACAAAGGAAUGCGGUCUUGGGACAACUUCAUCUGGCUUCAGGACACGAUAAAGAAUAUCUUGGUGGCUCUCAGAGCAAUCCAUCAACUACGGAAUCCUGCGAUCAAGGAAAGACAUUGGACUCAACUCUCUGCUGCGACGCAGGUUCCGCUAUCUGUGACCGAAGAAACUCCUUUGAGAGAGCUUUUGUCACUGGAGCUCCAUCGAUUUGAAGAUGUAGUGGAAGGUAUGGUGGAACGAGCUUCGAAAGAACUUGCUACGGAGAGGAUACUGGCAGAUCUUGAAGCCACGUGGGCUGAGAUAACGUUCGAACGAUCGACACAUUCCAGGACAGGACAUCAUUUGCUUCACAUUUCUGACGCUCUUAUCGCAACACUGGAAGAUAAUCAGGUCCAGUUGCAGAACUUGAUGUCAUCGAAACAUGUGGCUCAUUUUUUCGACCACAUUACAGAAUGGGUACGAAAGCUGACCAGAGUUGAAUCUGUGAUUAUGGCGUGGGUCGAUGUACAGCGAGCUUGGUCUCAAAUGGAGAGCAUUUUUAUGGGUUCGGAAGAUAUCAAAGAUCAACUACCUGAAGACUGUGAAAGGUUUAUGUCCAUCGAUGCAUCUUUCAAAACUUUGGUGAACGUCCUGAGUGCGGAAUCUGAGACUGUGGUGACGGUAUCGGACAAGCUAGAAGUGCACGACGACCUUUCUCAUCUCCAGACGGAAUUAGCCCUCUGCGAGAAGGCACUGGCAUCUUACCUAGAAACAAAGCGGCGAAUAUUCCCGCGCUUCUACUUUGUGUCCUCUGCAGAUUUAUUGGAUAUUUUGUCGAACGGAACUCAACCAAGCAUAGUAGUUCGUCAUUUACCGAAGUUAUUCGAUUCCGUGGCCAAGCUUCGUUUUGAUGGAGAGAGUGACGUAGCCACCGGCAUUAUCAGCCGUGACGGAGAAUCCCUAGAUUUGAAGGAUCCGUGCCACUGUACUGGACCAGUAGAGAACUGGUUAAAUGCCCUGCUGAGCGCCAUCCGGUACACUUUGAAGGAAUACCUCUCGGUGGCAUUGGGCACUUACGAAGACGGACACAGGGAGCAGUGGAUAUUCGAGAAUGCGGCACAGGUGGCGCUGACCGGCACACAAAUUUGGUGGGCGGCUGAAGUCAGCGCAGCACUACAGAGAGUUCGGCAAGGACAUGAAACGGCACUCAAGCAAUACAACAAAAAGCAGAUGCUUCAACUGCAUCACCUGAUUGGACUGCUACUUACUGAUUUGAGUCGAGAUGCCCGGCAGAAAGUCAUGACCAUCUGCACGAUGGACGUGCAUGCUCGUGACGUAGUCUCACGACUGGUUUCUCUACGCGUAGAGUCCGAGUUGGACUUUGCGUGGCAGUCUCAACUACGGCAUCGCUGGGAUGAUGAGGACUGUGUUGUCCAUAUUUGUGAUGCACGGUUUGAUUUUUGUCACGAGUACCUUGGAAAUACACCGAGGCUUGUAGUCACACCUCUCACUGACAGGUGUUUCAUUACUAUUACUCAAUCUUUGAAACUGAUGAUGGGUGGUGCACCGACGGGUCCGGCAGGCACUGGAAAGACAGAGACCGUGAAAGAUUUGGGACGGGCUCUGGGUACCCUGGUGUAUGUAUUCAACUGUUCCGAGCAAAUGGAUUACAGAUCAUGCGCAAACAUCUACAAAGGCCUCGCUCAGACUGGAGCUUGGGGCUGCUUCGACGAGUUUAAUCGUAUCUCUGUGGAAGUGUUGUCUGUAGUGGCAGUGCAGGUAAAAUGUGUACAAGAUGCUUUGCGUGCCAACAAGCCAUCUUUAUGUUUAUUAGGAGACGAUGUUCCGUUGAAAAAAACGUUAGGAAUUUUCAUCACAAUGAAUCCUGGUUAUGCUGGAAGAACGGAAUUACCGGAAAACUUGAAAACACUUUUCAGACCAUGUGCUAUGGUCGCCCCAGACAGCCAACUUAUUUGUGAGAUUAUGCUGGUGGCAGAAGGAUUCGUAGAGGCAAGGAGCCUCGGCCAGAAGUUCACGACGCUAUACUCCCUGUGCAAGCAACUACUCAGCCAACAAGACCAUUAUGAUUGGGGAUUACGGGCUAUCAAGUCCGUACUAGUGGUGGCAGGAUCACUAAAGCGUUCUUCACCGGCUACACCAGAAGAGCAUAUUCUGAUGUUGGCUUUGCGGGAUUUCAACCUGCCAAAAAUUAUAAGUGGUGACGUAGGCGUGUUCAUGGGUCUUAUUGGGGAUCUGUUCCCUGCAUUGGAUGUACCAAGGAGAAAAAACCCGGUUCUGGAAAAAUCUGUCCGAGAAGCUGUAACAGAGCUGAAACUGCAACCAGAAGACAAUUUCGUUUUAAAAGUUCUACAACUGUCUGAUUUGUUGGAAGUUCGUCACUCUGUCUUCAUUAUUGGGGCCGCUGGAUCUGGGAAAAGCAGUGUUUGCAAAACAUUGCUAACAGUUCACCGACAAAGAGGAGAAAAACCACUGGCAUUUGAUUUGAAUCCUAAAGCUGUGACAAACGAUGAACUGUUUGGGACUAUCAACCCAGCUACCAGGGAAUGGAAAGAUGGAUUGCUCUCAUCUUUGAUUCGAGAUUUAGUUAAUGCGUCCACAGAAGGCCCAAGAUGGAUGAUAUUAGAUGGUGAUAUUGAUCCCAUGUGGAUUGAGUCAUUAAACAGCGUCAUGGAUGACAAUCGUGUGCUGACUUUAGCCAGCAGAGAACGAAUAUCUUUGACUUCUCACAUGCGGCUCAUCUUCGAAGUGUCCACCCUUGAAAGAGCCACACCUGCUACGGUGUCGAGGGGAGGAGUCCUGUACCUGGAUUCGGCUGAUGUCGGCUGGAAUCCAUUUGUAGUGAGCUGGAUUGAGCGUCGCUCUGUUCAAUCGGAGAAAGCGAAUCUGAUAAUAUUUUUCGAUAAGUACGUACCUCCCUGUCUUGAUGCUGUCAACAAGAGAUUCAAGACCAUUCUUCAGUUGCCAGAUAUAUGUUACGUGCAGACGUUAUGCAGUUUACUGGAAUGUAUGCUGACUCCCGAAAACACGCCACCAGACUCUCCAAACGAGCUUUACGAACUUUACUUCGUCUUCUGUUGCGUGUGCGCUUUUGGAUCUGUAAUAGAACUAAGUACCGGUACCGACGGAAGAGUAGAAUUUUCGAACUGGUUCUUGGGAGAAUUCAAGUCUGUCAAAUUCCCGAUAACUGCUUCAACGACUCCACCUGCACCAGGAGCAGAAAUUCCUACAGUGUUCGACUAUUACAUUGAUAACAAACGAUUUUACCCUUGGACGAGGAAAUUGCAGAAAUUUCAACCAUCCACUGAUAUAUCUCUGCUAAAUACCUUAGUUCCGACAAAAGAAACCCAGCGGAUCAUGCACUUAAUGGAGCUUCUCAUUGGUGAAGGUCAUCCGGUCAUGCUGGUUGGUCCAGCCGGCAGUGGAAAGACUUCCGUUGUCAAAUCUUGCCUGGAUUCAUUGGAUCAGGACUCGACUUACCAAGUUGUAAAUGUUCCAUUCAAUUUUUACACCUCCUCCACGACAGUGCAACGAGCUAUGGAGUUACAUCUAGAAAAAAAAGUUGGCAAAAAUUAUGGACCACCUGGACAGAAGAGAAUGAUAUAUUUUAUUGACGAUUUUAACAUACCAGAGGUGGACAUGUACGGAACGUGCCAACCCCACACGAUCAUCCGCCAACACUUGGAUUACGGUCAUUGGUACGAUCGAAACAAGCUUACUCUUAAAGAAGUCAACAACUGUCAGUACGUUGUAUGCAUGUGCCCUACUGCUGGAAGUUAUUUCAUCAAUCAAAGACUUCAGCGACACUUCUGUGUGCUGUCGGUGCCACCUACAACAGCGGAUUCCAUGCAGACGAUAUUCGGUCUUCAAUUGAAAGAACAUCUGCGACGUAUUCAACCAGCUGGUGAGGGGCAAGAUGAGGCUGAAGAAUUCAAAACUUCGGUUCAACAGCAAAUCAUUCGCUUGUCGAUUGAUCUUCACAAGAAGAUAGUAUCUACCUUCCAUCCAACAGCAACCAAGUUCCAUUACCUAUUUAACUUGAGGGAUGUUUCCAAUGUAUUCAAGGGACUGAUGCUAAGCAACACGGAAAGUCUUGUGAAAAGUGAAGAUCUUUUACAACUUUGGUUGCACGAAUCUCAGAGAGUGUACAGAGACAAAUUAAUAGACCAGGACGACUUGGAAAAAUUCGAUAAGACAUUAGCUGGAGUACUUAAGAAGAAUACGGAGAUGGAAGAGCAGGCAGUUCAAGCAAUGAUGAACAACAUUUCCAUUCACUGCCAUUUUGCUCAGGGCAUCGGAACCUCUUGCUACCAACCAGUCUCCGACUCGACCCAACUUGUGAGGCUGAUACAAGAUGCCCUUGAUGCUUACAAUGACAUCAACCCUCCCAUGGAUUUGGUUCUGUUCCAGGAUGCCGUCCAUCAUGUAUGCCGUAUAACUAGGAUAUUGGAGUCUGGUGGUAAUGCUUUAUUAAUAGGGGUCGGAGGCAGCGGACGACAGUCCCUAGCCUCUCUUGCAGCGUACAUUUGCAAUCUACAUCUGCACCAACCGACUCUGCAUUCUGAUUACGAUGUUCAAGAUUUUAAAAGUGACAUCGCCAGUUUGUAUUUGAGGGCUGGCGUGAAAAACAUCGGCAGUCUCUUCAUGAUAAGCGACGCCCAAGUGGCUGAUGAAAGAUUCCUCGUACUCGUCAACGAUCUGUUAUCUUCUGGUGACAUUCCGGACUUGUUCCCAGAAGCAGAAGUAGAAAAUAUCAUCUCCGCAAUACGGUCCGAAGUCAAAUCUGCAGGCAUAUUCGAUUCCAGAGACAACUGCUGGAAUUUCUUCAUCAACAAGGUCAAGAGAAGACUUAAGGUAGUACUAUGCUUUUCACCUGCUGGCUCCACGCUACGAACUCGUAGUCGGAAAUUCCCCACGCUGAUUAGUUGCACUUGCAUUGACUGGUUCCAUCCAUGGCCCAAAGAAGCCCUAGUGACAGUGUGCAACAAGUUUCUGGAAGAACUUCCGAUUCUACAGCCCGAGCUUCGGCCAUCCAUUGCUGAUUUUGUGGCAUAUACCUAUAGGUCGGUGAAUGAGGUGAGUAAAGCAUACUUGAGGAAGGAGAGACGUCGUAACGAAACCACUCCAAAAAGCUUCCUACAGCACAUCAAAACGUACACCCUUCUCCUGAAGAAAAGACAUGAUUUCUUAUGGGGGAACAUCCGCAGGUUUGAAAAUGGAUUGCAGAGAUUGGUGGAUACCAGCCAUCAAGUGGAUGUUCUAAAGACACACCUUGCGGAACAAGAGGUGGAACUAACUCAACGCAGUGCAGACAUCGACAUACUUCUGAAGACCGUCAGUGAGGAAGCGGAGGUGGUUAGCAGGGAAAGAAACGUGGCUGCUGCUGAAGAAGCUAAAGUCACACGAAUACACGAGGAAGUGUCAAAAAGACAAAAAGAUUGCGAAGAAGAUUUGGCAGCGGCAGAACCCGCUUUAAUCGCCGCCCAAGAAGCCCUUAACACUCUGAACAAGAGCAAUCUUACAGAGCUGAGAAGCUUUGGCUCUCCACCCGUAGCAGUAAGAAACGUGACCUCAGCUGUCAUGGUACUUCUAGCAACGGAUGGCAAAAUUCCCAAGGAUCUUUCGUGGAGAGCUGCUAAACUCACGAUGAGUAAGGUGGACAAUUUCUUGGAUUCUUUGGUAAAUUUUGACAAAAACAACAUCCACGAAAACAGCCUGAGAGCCGUGCAGACUUAUUUGGCCGGCCCAGAAUUCCUGCCCGAAGUGGUUAUCGGAAAAUCUCAAGCAGCUGCCGGUUUAUGCUCUUGGGUUAUAAAUGUUGUCAAAUACUAUGAGGUUUACUGUAAUGUUGAACCCAAACGAAAAGCUUUAGCUGAAGCAAAUGCCGAGUAUCAAGGAGCCAAAGAAAAGUUGGCGAGAAUUCAUGAGAAAGUAACGGAAGUAGAAUCUCGGCUCAAUGAGCUUCAAGCGAAAUGCGAUGCAGCCUCAGAAGCUAAAACUCGAUGUGAGUCUGAAACGAAAAGAACUGAAUUCAGCAUCCAUCUGGCCAACAGAUUACUAGGAGGUUUAGCUUCCGAACGGCACAGGUGGUUCGAUCAAGCAGCUGAUUUCAAAACCCUGGAGCAAACGCUUCCCGGAGACAUGCUCAUCGCAUCUGCUUUCGUGGCCUAUCUUGGACCCUUUACUAAACCCUACCGGCGGCAGCUGCUUUAUGAGAAGUGGCUGCCUUUUCUAGAAACAAAAGUAAGUCCAGUACCUAAUAUAGAAAACCUAAAGGCCAUUACCUCUUUAUUGCUGGAGGAUGAGACCAUUGUUGGUCGAUGGCGAAAUGCAGAUCUACCCGGGGACAAGGCUUCAGUGGAGAACGCAGCCAUUUUCACGAGCUGUUUCCUUCUGUGGCGCUGGCCGUUGGUGGUGGAUCCUCAAGUGCAGGCGAUCCCUUGGAUAAAGGGAAUGUACGGAGAGAAAUUGUUGAUUGUUAGAACCAGUCAAAAAGGUUAUUUAGAUGUCAUUGAAGAAGCUCUUGUUGCUGGACAAACAGUGCUGAUUGAAAACUUGGAAGAAAACAUCGAUCCGCUGUUAUUUCCACUAAUAUUUUGUAACUUUGUAAAGAGAGGAAAAGCUAUUAAGUUGGGCAACAAGGAAAUACCUUUUCAUCAAGAUUUCCAACUCGUUCUUCAUACGAAGUUGAGCAAUCCACGUUAUGGCCCUGAGAUUCAAGCCCAAACUACCAUUAUCAACUUUGGUGUGACUCCGGAGGGGUUAGCGGAUCAACUUUUGGCAGAAGUGGUGUCAAAAGAACGACCAGAUUUAGAAGACUCAAAAUUAAAACUGAGCAAACAGCAAAACGAAUUUGCAAUCACCCUCAAAUCUCUGGAAGACAGCCUUUUGUCCAGGCUCUCUGAUGCCAAAGGGAACCUCGUUGGUGACGAGACCCUCGUAGAAAGCUUAGAAUCAACCAAAAGAAUCGCAGCAGAGGUUCAAAUCAAAGCAGCGGAAGCCAAAACCACAGAAGAAGCCAUUAACAGCGCCAGAGAAGUCUACAGAGAUGUAGCGGACAGAGCCUCUUUGGUUUACUUCGUUGUUCAAGAUUUGUCUACGCUUAGUCCCAUGUAUCUAUUUUCAUUGAAGGCAAUCAAGGAGGUUUUCCACAAAGCCAUCAUAAAGUGUCCUCACACUGACGAAGUCGAAUCAAGAGUCCAACUACUUGUGGAUGCGGUUACCUUGGCCAUUUUCACUUACGUCAGCCAAGGUCUUUUCGAAAAUGACAAGACUGUCUUGGCAGCACAUUUGACCUUUCAGAUAUUGCAACUGAAAAAUCAAAUUCCACCAGAAGCAGCGGAAUUCCUCUUGCACCAGACGCUAGAAGAUUCUUCGAUGGAAACUCCGGUGGAAAUUAUGAAUGCGCAAGCGUGGUCGGCAAUCAGAGUUCUUGCCUCUUUAGACGAAUUUCAAGGACUGGACCGAGAUAUUGAAGCAGCACCGAAACGUUGGAAGAAAUUCAUCGACUCAGAAUUUCCCGAAAAAGAACCCUUACCUCAAGAGUGGAAAAACAGAUCGACCCCUUACCACAAACUUUGCAUUUUGCGUUGUUUGAGACCUGACAGAAUAUUAUAUGGAAUAAGGGAUUUUAUAUCUGAAACCUUGGGACCGGCAUUUGUCAACAACCGUGUUGCUGAUCUGGACAGCAUUUUAGAUGAAUGCAAUAGCCAUACGCCAGUGCUCUUCGUCUUGAGCCCUGGUGUGGACCCACUUCACGAUUUAGAGUACUGCGGCGGAAAAAGAGGCUUCGGGACCGACUUAGGUAACUUCCAGAACGUUUCCCUUGGGCAAGGACAACAUAGCAUCGCCGAGCAAACCAUGGACGAGGCAGCGCAGAAAGGUCAUUGGGUCGUUUUGCAGAAUAUUCACCUUGCAAAAGCGUGGCUGAAUCGGCUAGAAAAGAAGCUGGAAGAGCUCAAUAGUUCAACGGUCCAUCAAGAAUUUCGUCUUUUCUUGAGUGCGAAUCCUCCCGACCUGGAGGACGAAGGAAGCAUCAUACCUCCGGGACUGCUCGAAUUUUGUCGAAAGAUAACGAACGAGCCACCGAAAGGAAUGCAGGCAAAUCUACAUAAGGCGCUCGAUAAUUUUUCACAGGAAACAUUGGAUUCAAGUACAAGAGAGACUGAAUUUAAAAGUCUUCUCUUCAUCUUAUCUUACUUCCAUGCCGUUUUAAUAGAGCGAAAGAAAUUUGGAUCACAAGGGUGGAACUAUCCGUACCCCUUCAGUGACAGUGAUUUGCUUAUAAGUGCGAACGUUCUUCACAAUCAUUUGGACCGAGAUGGUGGCAGGGGUGCAUCUAUCCCUUGGGAUGACCUCCGUUUCCUCUUCGGAGAGAUCAUGUACGGGGGCCACAUAACUGACGAUAAGGAUAGAAAAGUCUGUGAAGCAUAUCUAAACAGAUAUUUCAAUGCUGAACAGAUGGAGGCCGACUGCCUUCUCUGUCCAGGCUUCGGAAUGCCUCCGAUCCUGGAUUACUCCAGUUACCAUGACUACGUGGACGACAACCUGCCCGGCGAAAGUCCAGCUAUGUAUGGACUGCAUCCAAAUGCCGAAAUCGGAUGCCUGACGGACGCCUCGAAUGCUUUACUUCGAUCCCUCCACCUUUUAGAACCUUCUACAGUGGAAGUAGGAGGAGAAAAUCUGCUCAUAAAUCCCAUUGAGAUGUCCGUAGCUGCAGCGCCCAACGAAGAAAAGAUUCGACAAGUAUCUGAGGAUAUACUGGAAAAGUUGCCCCAAGAAUUCUCAAUGGCCGAGUUAUACGGAAAAGUUUCUGAAGAAGCAAGUGUUGUGCCCUUUACAGCUGUGGGACUUCAAGAAUGCGAGAGAAUGAAUGCACUACUUCAGGAGGUCAGGACGUCUCUUAAAGACGUAGAGCGUGGACUUAAAGGUGAAUUGCCUUGGAGCGAAGAGAUGGAUGCACUUGGGGAUUCCUUAGCUUCUGACGCAGUGCCGCAUUCCUGGUCGGCAAAAGCUUACCCUUCACUUUUCCUGCUAGGCUCUUGGUUCUCUGACUUGCUUCAUAGAUACCGAGCUUUAGACCGUUGGUUACAGGCAGAUUUUGCCCUUCCCCCGACCGUCUGGCUGGGGGGCCUUUUCAGCCCUCAGUCGUUUUUGACGGCAGUGAUCCAGACGUCAGGUCGGAAGCAUGACUUGCCGCUGGACAAGUUGUCUAUCCAUUGUGAUGUGACGAAGAAAUCUCCGGAAGAGUUCCAACUGGUGCCCCGCGAAGGGGCAAAUAUAUGUGGACUUUAUAUGGAGGGUGGCAGAUGGGAUUUCGCCAGUGGUUGCAUAGUUGACCCCAUCCUCAAAGACCUUCACCCUCCAAUGCCUGUCAUAUGUCUCAAAUCGGUGCUCUCGGACAAAGUAGAUGUCCGCAACUCCUACAACUGCCCCGUGUACAGGACGCGGCAGAGGGGUCUGACAUUCGUCUGGGAGUUCCCACUUCGCACAAAUGAGUCAUCAGACAAGUGGGUCAUUGCAGGAACUGCUUUGGUUCUGCAGAUAUAG